CACCAAGCGCGCGUUCUGCGACAGCACCUUCUCAUCUCACGACCAUUAUUACGGGCGGAACCAGCAAAAUGAUCAACCUACAUUGACUGCCCUAUUUACCCUUGACUAGCAUGGAUUUGCGCGCAAUCCUGGAUAGGUCUUUGAGGUGAGGAGUCAUGGCGCUUACCAGCUGGAAAUCCUUCCCGUUCUUCGACGUCUCCCAGAUUCCUGUGCCCGCAGACGAAGACGGCUCAUAUGUCUUCGACAACGACGUCGUGUCACUCACCACCGGCGCGGAUUCUCUGUUCCUCGGUACUUCGGUCGGUUCAGUGCGCAUUCUUUCCCGCGCCUUGAAGGUUGUGCGCUCCUUUCAAGCUUCAGACGCCUCCGAUGCUUCGAUCACCCACCUCCGACAAGUUCCCGACACUCCUUUCCUCGUAACCGUCUCAGAGAAUCUCUCAUCGGAGCCCUCCUUGAAGGUGUGGGCGUUGGACAAGAUCGAGAAAAAGACGGGAGCACCGAGAUGUCUUUGUACGAUUGGAGUGCAGAAUGGCAGGAGACAGUUUCCAGUAUCUGCACUCGUGGUGCUGGAUGACAUGACGCAGGUGGCCGUGGGGUUUGCCAAUGGAUCCGUCACCGUCAUUCGAGGCGACUUUAUACACGACCGGGGGACCAAACAAAGGACAGUCUUUGAGUCUGAAGACCCGAUCACCGGCCUAGAAGUCCGUCAAGGGGCGACGAAAGUCCUUUACAUUGCGAACACGGCCAAAAUCUGUAGCCUGAUCAUAUCUGGGAAAGGCCAGGGUCAACCGGUCCGCACCGUCGACAACCGCGGUUGCAACGUGGGAUGCAUGACUCAAGACCACGAGACCGGGGACAUGGUGAUUGCCCGAGAAGAUGCCCUCUACUACUAUGGCGCCAACGGCCGUGGCCCUAGCUAUGCCUUUGAGGGUCCGAAGAAACUUGUCAAGAUCUACAAGGAGUACGUUGGCGUUGUGUGUCCACCGCGGGUGGCACAGGUGUCCAAGUCCAAAACAUUCCGAAGGCUGGGUGGUGAAGAGAUUGACGAGCUGUUCAGCAACUCAUCCUUUACAUUGUUGGAUACUGAUCUCAAAUACCUGGCUCACUCGGAGUCGUUGCCUGCUCCAGUCAAAGAGGUCUUCGUGGAAUGGAAUGAACUCUUCUUGCUGACCGUGGACGGAAAGCUUUAUAGGUACCAGGAGAAGACACUGCAGCAGAAGCUCGAGAUCCUGUAUGAGCGGAACCUGUAUAUCUAUGCCAUUAACUUGGCGCAAAAAUUGGGCGCCGACAAAAUGCAACAGAACAUCAUCUUUCGGAAAUACGGCGAUUAUCUGUACCAGAAGGGUGACUACGACACGGCCAUGCAGCAGUAUCUGAGGGCCAUUGACAACACGGAGCCUUCGCAAGUGAUCCGACGUUUUCUGGACACGCAGAGAAUUCACAACUUGAUCGACUAUCUCGAGGAGCUACAUGACCACGACCGAGCCACUGCAGACCACACGACCCUGCUGCUGAACUGCUAUGCGAAACUCAAGGACACAGACAAACUGGACGCUUUCAUCCGCACACCGGGGACGGCAAAGUUUGACGUUGAGACGGCCAUUGCCAUGUGUCGACAAGGCGGAUAUUUCGACCAGGCGGCUUACCUUGCGACCAAGCAUGGCGAGAAUGAACUGGUGAUCGACAUAUUGGUGGAAGACUCCAAGAAAUACGCAGAAGCCUUGCAGUAUAUUUGGCGUUUGGAACCUGAUGCGGCAUAUCCUGUGUUGAUGAAAUAUGCCCGCAGCCUCCUGGAGCAUUGCCCCGAAGAAACGACCAAGCUGUUUGUCGAAUACUAUACCGGGAAAUAUACUCCCAAGAAGGAUGUCCCGGCGGUGUCCGAUGUCCAGGCCCAGACAGGGGGUGGUGCAUUUCAAAGCCUCUCGGCUCUUUGGAGCCUGCCGUUCAUGAAUCGAUCCAGCGCUGUUGAUUCAGCACCGGCUGCGAAUGAAAAGCCUGAGCACGACGAACCCGACCCUGACGGCGAGGUCGAACCGGCUCCAACGUACACUAAACCGCGUCCGCGCAGCGCCUUCUCUUCAUUCCUCGCCCAUCCCUCAGAGUUCAUCACCUUUUUGGAGGCGCUGAUCUUGCAAGAAAAUCUCUCCAAAGAAGACAGAUCGGACUUGUCGACCACGCUGUUUGAGAUGUACCUCGAGGCAGCAAACACUGCAACAGGCCCGGCAGAGAAGGAGAAAUGGCAAGUCAAAGCAACCAGCUUGAUUGCCGACAACAAGACUGCUUCAUUGGAUUCGUCGACGAUUGACACCUCGAAUGUCUUGCUCCUGUCAUCGCUCUCCAAAUUCCCGGCAGGAACGACAUUGGUACGGGAACGAGAAAAUCUAUAUGCCGACAUAUUCCGGUCGUUCACAUCUGCCAAAGACACAUCGGGCGCCAUAUCUGCACUCAGAAAGUACGGUUCCAAGGACGAAUCGCUCUACCCGCUUGCACUUGGCUACUUUUCUUCGUCGGAAGAGGUCCUCAAAGCACCUGGGGUCAGGGAAGAACUCCAGUCCGUUCUGCGGAAGAUUGAUCGGGAAAACCUCAUGGCCCCGCUUCAAGUGGUCAAAGUGCUGUCGCAAGGUGGCUCGGUGACGAUGGGAAUGGUCAAGGCGUAUCUUUCGGACAACAUCUCUCGCGAGCGCAAGGAGAUUCAGGCUAACCGACGAUUGAUUGACUCCUACCGGACCGAAACGGCGUCGAAAAAGGCCGAAUUGGCGGACCUGGGCACGAAACCGGUCGUGUUUCAGGCGCGACGCUGUUCGUCGUGUAAUCGGAACCUCACCUUGCCCACGGUGCAUUUCAUGUGCAAGCACUCGUUCCAUCAAGAGUGCUUGAAUAAGCCCGGAAUUGGCAUGGACGAAAACGACAGCAAGGUGGAGUGCCCGCUUUGCAAACUCGGAAACGAUACCAUUCGAGCAAUUCGGCGACAGCAGAUUGAAAGCACGGAGCAGCACGAAUUAUUCAAGGCUGCGUUGGCACGAAGCAACAAUCGGUUUGGGACCGUCAGCGAGUUCUUCGGGCGCGGAGUCAUGGGGACGGCCCCCACUGCGGACUGAUAGCGUGAUCAACAGCGAUGCGUCUACAGGCGUCGACACAGCCUUGAUCUUGGUCGCCGUCCGUCGUUCAAGACGAGGAUAUAUAACAAAUACCUGAGAGUGCUCAGGAAGUCUGACAUCCGGGAAGUGGAGCAAGACCCGGAAAGACCAGCCAAGGCUAGCAAGGCAUUGGUGGAGGAGGAGAGUUGGACAUGGUUGCACUUUUGUGCGAUCGGGAAGCUCAAAUCCGAACCCUUGUCUGACACUCUGCGACCUGCUUUCAGCCGCAUGAAGCAUGCGUUGUGGGAUGAGUCCACAGCCCGCUCCGAUAUGUGUGUGAGAUGGGUGGGCGCAAGGCCUCUUGUAUUGGGUAUCCCUCGGCCGUUGCCAAUGGACAGUCUGCAAAAUGAAGCACCCAUUAGCAGAGAUUGAGGUUUCUAUUUGUAGGCCUUAGGGCUGGAUGUAGGUUGGCAUGCGAGACUAACUAAGUGGCUGGACAAGGACAGGGCAAGCUGGCGCGGCGGGGGAGGCAGUUGGCGGGGAGAAGACGGCGGCGGAUGAGGGGUUGCGCGAGGGAUAAGUACCGGAGAGCCAUGUCCCUGCCGGAGUCCUUGGUAUGGGCUGAACAACCGACAUCAAUGAUGCGGGCACUAUGUCCCAAUGGGGCGUCUCAGCUUACCAGGACAAGAAUCCAAAUGUCAGAAGGGGAGGAGAACCGGAGCCUGGAGGCUGGACAUGGACAUGGACAACAGCGUGUUGUGUGAUUGAUUGCAAAUACGCUGUUGUGUGGUCGAUGACGCGGGUGUCGGGGAGGAUGAAUCAACGAGGAGAUGCCCCAAUGCGCCUCCCAGGCUCCCAUCGCGUGCUCUGGUUUGUUGCCCUCCGAACGACUCACUGUUUAGGCGCUGCUGUAGCCAGGCUGGCCCCUCUGAUGGCCCCCGGUUGCCUCUGACCACAGCUGCAUGUGGAGGGGGAAUGGGUACCUACAGAGAUACCUAGUAGGCAGGUAGAGGACCAAGAGAAAACCCCAGGGGAUCGUCACACUCGAG